GGGACAAACAAAAUGUCAUGUCCAAAGAUCAGUCCACGAUUUGAGCGCUAGACACAGUUCCUAGUGUGACAGACAACCAACUGAUCAAACGUUGAUGUUACCUCUGUAAAGUAUCUUCUGUAGAGUGUGAAAACUAUAUUUCUAUAAAAUGGCUUUUUGUUCCAACAGUGUGGUCUGUGCAGCAUUACUUCUUGUAGCAUCAACCUUUCUCGCAGGACAUACAAUUUCUACGAACGGAAAAGGCAGAUGUGCCCCUGGGGUAGAUGGCGGGGACUUCCCACGACAGAAGAAGAACGUGACGCUGGUAGUCGAGAACAAGCUGAAGCAGCCUACCUUCACAAUACAGAUAAACCUGCACACCUAUUCCCACUACUUGAUUGACAUGAUGGAAGAUGCAGCGGACCUUAACGAUACUUUCAGGUUCACCGUCACGUACUUCAACAGAAAGUUGGGCUACUAUGUUGAUGCUAUCCACGGGGUAUUCGGGAAUUAUUCGCUGGAUCAAUCCUUCUGGUGCAUAAAGAACUCCAGCUUCAUAGCCAUCGAAUGUGGUGUGAGCCACUACAUUCCAGCCAAUCACGAGACAGUAUUAUUCAACUUGACGAUUCCAUCAGUCUGUUUCUAAAGUGUGUGAUGGUAGCUCACAAAAUGCCUGGCAAAAGGAUGGCAUCAACUUCUGCUUCUUUGUAUACCCGUCUGUAAUCAAACAUUUGUUGGAAAGCUUGCUGCUUAGAAUUGCUUCAGCCGCGAUAAAUUACAUGUUUCUGGCUCUUGUCUCACAAAAAAAUUAAUUCUUUUCUUGGAGAAUUUAUUUUUGCGACAAUUUAUUCUUAACAGAAGUUACAAAAAACUACGUGCUUGUGCGAGGACCGAUUAUAAGCAUCUUGGCAACUGGCAUAUCGUCAGUAUAGUGGAUGUCUUCUUUUGUAAAAUUAUAUUCUCUCUUACAGUCUAUGUAUGACCUCAGGUCGUGCUUGCAAUCUGUGUAACCCUUGGUAAAAUGCCCCUCAGUACAGUAUCAGAAACGAAACGUUUGGCAUUGUCCUCCUAUUCAAAACUUGUCAGUCUCCUGCCCUCACAUUCUUUUUGCAGAAGAAAAGACACAUCUUCUUCAAAGUGUUUGGAGUAAGUUUGAUUUACUAGAAUAGUUAUGUGUGCGUGUGCUUUGGGCUAUUUUUUGACCUGUGUGAACUUUGACUUUAAAUAUGAAUAUUACAAGUUACAAAUUAUAUUAAAAUAUUAUCAGAGCUGAAAAACUGCAUUUCAUUGAUAUUGUUCCUAAGGGGUUUACAUAGAAUGAUCGCUCUGACUUCUUUCCCACUUGAUUAAAUUUUGAAAUUUGUUGUUGACCAUUUUCGAUCGUUUACAUGGCAAACAAUUCUUACAUUCACACGAAGUUUCUAUUUAAAUAUUAAUAACAUGUCCUAUUGAUACAUAGAACAGUCAAAAAAGUCGCCUGGCAAUGCCGUGUAACUGAUAGUGUGUUCAUAUGGUUAGUGUUUGAUUGUGUUAGUAGAUUUGUCGACAUACUGUAACUACAACUAAUAAACAUUUUGCAUUAAAUAUAUUAUAACUCUC